AUGUCGUACGACUGCACCUGUUGCUGGCGACGCUUCUACACGCAGCGUGCCCAGUGGCAACACAAGGCCGACAAGAACCACUUCGACUACGAGUGCUCCUGCUGCUACGGGACGUACGAGACGGAGCGUUUGCGCAAGGAGCACGAGGUCGACUACCACAACUACUGCGCCGACUGCGACCGCCAGUUCAUGAACCACAACAACAUCCAGCAGCACCUCCGCUCCGCCGCCCACCUCGGCGCCGCCAUCACCUGCCCCUUCUGCCAGCGCGGUUUCACCACCGCCACGGGCCUCGUGCACCACAUCGAGAGCAGCGCUUGCCCCAAGGCCAAGUCCAUGGAUCGGGAUACCGUCUACAAAAUUGUCCGCCAGAAGGAUCCCUCAGGCGUCAUCUCCAAGAAGCUAAUCGGCUGGACCGGCUCCGACUCAUACCAGGCCACCGCCAGGGCCUGGAACCCUUACGAGGGCGCCUACGAGUGCUAUUUCUGCACCCGAACCUUUGGCCGGCUUUCCAGCCUGAACCAGCACCUCCAGUCACCUGCUCACCAGCAGAAGCUGUAUCACUGCCCCAACUGCCCCAAGGAGUUCGUCAGCCUCGCGUCCAUCAUCAACCACUUUGAGAGUGAGAGCUGUGGCUACACUCGCUUCAGCACCGUGCAGACGGGCAUCCGGGGCCUGACGGAUGGUAGCCGCCUGCUUGCCUUCCGCUGA